AUGUGUGAGAUCUCCGUCAUCUACCUGAACUCAGUAACAGCCAACCAGACCCCUGUGAAGAGUUACGUGCCUCUUGUCUAUUUUACCGGCCCACGUUUGGCACUUUCGACUCAGCUUCCGGUAUUCAACAUCCAUAGAAGGGAUUUCGAUCGAGGUUAUUUGGUCGAAAUUGGACUCGUGCGACUGACUGAUAGCGUCAACUGCAUGCAUAAUGUGCUGGAAACUCCUUCUGAUAUAAAAUUAUUUGCUCCGUCGAAGACGAUAGAACGAAGGCCAGCGAGCAGGCUUGUCACUGGUCCGGCCUGUGGUUACCCUUACUACACCGCGGUAGAUCAUUCAUUCGCAAAAAAACAAGUACCUUAG